UCCUGUUAAGAUGGCAGCGCCCGUGUAAGUCCGUGUCCUGAUCUGUCAGUUUUCUCGACCUGGCUUGUCAUGGCGAGGUUACUGUGUAACCGUUUGAGGGGAUGCCGGGGGCUUCCGGUGACAGGUCUAAUGUCCUUUACGCACAAGGUUAUGAGCGCUGGCCUCCGAACAUUUGAAAUCCCUCCUGAUUAUUCUGGAGUCGGUACGAAAGACCGUCAAAAACUAAAGUUUGUGAACAAGGUUCCUGACCUUGUUAAGGUUAAAAAGGAGCCAAAGAACCUACAGGACAUCCGGGGGCCAGCACUCGAGGGUCGGGAAUUCCAAGAGGGCCAAUAUGGUAUUGUGGCUCUGGGUGGAGGUUACUUACACUGGGGUCACUUUGAGAUGAUGCGCCUGACGUUGAAUCGUACUCUCUCACCCCGCACCACAUUCAGCCGCUGGUUGGUGGCCCCUCCCUAUAAGCCUGUUACACGAAAAGGACUUGGCCAGCGCAUGGGAGGUGGCAAAGGAGCUGUAGAUCAUUAUGUCACACCAGUCAAGGCAGACCAGCUGAUACUGGAGGUGGGAGGCCGUUGUGAGUUUGAGGAGGUGAAACCAAUAUUAAGUCAAGUUGCCAAGAAACUCCCCUUUCCAGCCCAAGCUGUAAGCAGAGAGAGCCUAAGAGAGACACGAGAGAACCUCAAGGAGAGGGAGAUUAACAAUCGGAACCCAUGGACAUUUGAACGUCUAGCAUCCUGUAAUAUGCUGGGGUGCAGGAAGUGGUUAAGUCCAUAUGAUCUCCAGUUUAAGGGCAGGUUCUGGGGGAAACGCCAUCUGCCAAACAGAGUAUGAGAUCUAUUCGUCUUGCUCAAAAAACUUUAAAUCAAGGCAGGGUGUGCUGUCAAGAAUUUGCAAAACUUGUAGUGUCUAUGAUAAUGCCAUAAAGUUUUUUUUUUUCUUAUUCAAA